GUCGCUCUGGGUUCAUGCUGGUGGGAAAUCCUACCAGAUAUUGCCAGCCUAAUGGUCUCUGGACGCCAAAACCCACCUGCCUCCGAAUGUGUCAGCAGGGACGCAUUGAAAUAAGUGAGAGGGAACUAAAUGGGACCUGCAACUCCACCUGCGCAUAUAAGAGCUACUUCGGCCCACCCAAACAAGGCUGCGCUCGGAUAGACAACUGCAAGAAGAAGGAGACAGGCUGGAAGCGGUUCUUUGCACACUGUGUCCCUUGCAUUUGUGACUGCGCUUUAUCUUGUGCAUCUGCCGGCUAAAACAUGGAGAAAACACUAUGUUGACUGUACAGUGAGACAUCAGAU